AUGCAAAGGGUAGGUAGUGAAAGGGAAGGAAGAAGGGGAUCAUACAUUAGUUCCCACUCCAAUGAAGCGGAUGCCGCUAAGGCUGAAAGUGGUCACCUAACCGCCUUUCGAGCGGCAACCCUUCCGGAGCCAAAAACUUGGCUUCAACGCACAGGUCAUACGAUCGUUGUGUAUAAGUCAAACAUGUUUCUUUUUGGUGGCACGGGUCCCAACAGCACAUACUCGUCUUCUAUUUUUUGCAAUGAGAAGAUGACUCUGCAGUGGAAAGAGUGCCGGGGUGUGGGUGUUGUGCCAACUGGACGAGCGAAUCACACAUCCGUUUUGGUAGAAAACAAAAUGUUUGUCUUCGGAGGACAUCGGGAGCUGGAAGUGUUUGACGAACUUUACAUUGUCAACCUAGAUAGUAUGCGGUGGGAGAAAGUUAGUUACGAACACGUACAAGGACCGGGGCCUGUGUUUUCGCAUGCGGCUGUAUUUAUCCCCCCAACUCAAGCGAUGAUCGUCAUAGGUGGUUUUCAUCAGCGGAAGCACAACACAUAUAUUGCUCAUUCGUUUGACAUUCGUAGUCGCACAUGGACAGGAAUUCAUGGACCAAGUUCGGUGAAUCCACUUCACUUGCAGUUGGUAAAUGCGGUGUAUCAUCAUCAGUCUAUUUCACUGAUUGUCGUUGGCAUGUCGAUGAAGAGCUGUGGGUCCCCUAGAUUUGCAGACACGCCUUCCAUCUUUGCAAUGAACAUCUACUCCUGCUUCUGGACAGAGUUGACAACGGCAGUCUCGCCUAGCAGCCCCAUAGCUUUUCGCAUGCCCCUUGUCUGGGAGCACUUUUUAGAGGAACACAUUAGCGUUGGUGGAAUAUACGACGAACGGCGCCAGGAGUUUUAUUUCCCAAUUAUGAUGGCACCGAUUGAGGGUGCGUUGGUUCAUCAGCACUUUGAUCGUCGACCCUCAUCCGCCACCUCAGUGACAGGUCAACAAUCCUCCCGAUCUAUCCUGAGGAGCGCUAGCACUGUGAGAGAACCUGAGGGAGACGGAAAGGUAAAGUUUGAUGGCUGUGCCGUCUUUCGCCUCCAGCUUCGAACCAUGACUUGGUCACUCACCCCAGUAGUAAUUCCCAAGCGAGUCGUUAACAGCCUUUUGGCGUACCGUGCUGAAGUUCGUAGUGGGAAAGGUGGGAAGAGGGCGUCGUCUCGCAUGAGACGGAGGGCAACAAACGAUAAGAAGGCCUCAUCGGUUACAGCAUUAUUUUCCUCCAACGGAGUUUCCGUGUAUCAACGGAAAUAUGCAUAUGCGUGCAUCAGCUCCUCAGCUUUACGGAAAUCUGGCGGUGAUCAGAAACAUAUUUUAAUGCAUGGUGGCUUGUUUGAUGAGUGCAUUGCACUCCUACUGGCUCCGGUUUUUCAUGACAACCCGAUGGAUUCUGCCUCGCUUGACUCUGUCAGUCUGUUGAAUGCGUCAGUUUACUCUACUCUGACUGUACUGACAACAGAUAAUGUAAAUUCUGGCAAGUCGGCGUAUGAAUUUUCUCGGUCAGAUUAUAGCGAUGCCGAAACUAAAGCAACGGAAGCAGCAUCAAGCUCGACAGGGGGGAAUGGAUCGAUGCCGCCCCCAAGUACAGAAGAAAAUAGAGACGUUAGUGUUACAUCGUUACAUUUGAGGCGCAGAAGCAGCGAUGUGCACAACUCAAGGGCGUUUCCAUCACCCCGAGUUGUUGACAGCAAGGACCAUUUCGCCCUCUUGUACCAUCCCAACAAUGCAAUGAAUAAACCUCAACACCUACCGGAUGCAAACUAUCCGGUAGCAGUCCUCCGUAGUGAGAAGGAGGUGCGUUCGUGGGCGGAGGAUUUCUACCAAGACACAAGGGACAAGGUUAUUGAGAAUGUGUUGGCGCUACGGGAAAAGGACAAAAAAGAGCGUAAGCAGUUUUCGAGAUCACGGAAGGCGCAGAAAUCGUCUUCUGUAGGAGGAUCCGACGAGGACGUAUUCACUGAUGACGACUCGAGCGAAUCAAAGGGGCUGAGUGACGGAAAGGUUGUCGAGAAAGCGCAGUCGCCCAGACAAGGUAGAGGGCUAUUUGGAAUUAUUCGACCAAAUGUUCCUGUUAUCCCAAGAGACUUCUUUUACGAAAAAAAUCUGGACGUCUUCGCUCUGCGUGAGCACUGGUGCUACGACUUGCAGCAUCGUGAGAAGAAGCAAAAUACCAGCCAGCACUCAAGGAUAGACGCAAUUAGCAGGGUCAACAUGAAGGUAAGGCGGCUUCCAGAGAACAAUCGUCUCCCGCUCGAGGUGUUUGGGCAAGCUUCGGUUGAAAAUAUUUCAGGGGCCGCAUCACUCGCUGCGUAUCUGUUGAUGGAGGCAGCUCUUGCACGCUGUGAAGAUGAUACAGCCAAGUCGCGGCGGCAGCGAACACUUAUACGUUGGCGCUACCUUCGUGUGAUGGUAUUAAACGGUGAGGCGAGCUCUAUCAUGUACUUUGUCAACGCAGAGGCAAACAGGGGAAGUGGUGUAAAUGUUUCCACCACAUCGAAGGUUGUCCUUGGGCCAGAGUUGUACGUCAAAGGCCCUAACCCUAAAAAGGUGCCUACACGCCCCGUUCCUUACACAAUUCCCCAGCUCCCCAGUAUUACAUUACGUGCAGCGGAGGUAACCCCUAGCGGGUACACCUUGUAUCGGUAUGCACCCGUUCCUGGUAGCGGGGGGAGAAGGUCAAAGAAUCAUUGA